GAGGUAUAGAGAGGUUGAACUAUUAUAUUAUUGCAUCGACGUAUCGAAUCAAUACAAAAUGAACGUAAAGCAAGCUUUUAACACAAAACCAAAUCCUGCCAAAAUAGUACGUUUUCUAGUAGCCAUGAAGGACGCUGCUGAUAGAGAAAAAAAGAGGGUUCAUGAUGCAAGGUAUGUUGGAUCUAAAGUCAGAUUAUGGAAAUCUGAAUACCGCUGUAUUGCUGUUGCUCUUGUGUCUUUAAACGAGCUUCUAUCAGAAGAUCAAUCGGUGAUUGAUGAUUUCGAAUCCUUCGCGAAUACUGAACUAUUAGUCAGACGGUCAAAAUUUGUACACCAUGGACGGUUUGCUGUUGUCAUGAACGGAUCCUGGAACUACUUCUAUGACCACGGCGAAUGUAGAGUUUUUGAUCCUGAUAGAGAAGUUAAGUGUAGAUUACUCCGCGUAAAUAAAAACGAAGACCCAUUGGAUGAUGAAGACGAAUACAUAAGCUACAUUAGAAACUUCUCAAAUGGGUUCGUGAAAGAUAACGCAAGAAGCAUUUUGUCAAAUAUGGAAAUGGAAUACAAAAGCCUAUACUCAACUAUGGAAGAUGCAGUUUUUCUCAUCUAUUCGUAUGUUUUGCCCUGUGAUGAGCUACCCCACAUGUGUGGACAUAUUUUACGAGACUUCGCUCAGAGGUCAAAGCGAAAUAUUGUUAUCGGUUUCGAAACCAUAUCUGAUGAAACAAAUGAAGAAAAAGCAAGAAAAGCACUUACCCAUGCAAAAGUAUCCUUAUUUGGUUCGCUCAUUAUAAGAAAUGAAAUCAUUAAAACACGUAAAGAACACCAUAAAAGAAGGUCGGAGCGAUUUGCCAAACGAUUUACAGGCGUUACAGAUCUGGAAGAGCUAUGGGAUGAAGGAUAUCCAAUCAAAAACAGACACGUGCAGAAAACUAAACUUCGAAAACGGCAUGCAAGAUGAUGAGUAAAGUCAUCAUGACGUGUCUGCUACUGAUGAACGUUUUUCCUCAUCGUGUUACAUCUCAUACGAUAUUUUGACAAGUGACUACCAUUGGUGAUCGUUUUUCUCAUCAUUUUACAUUUCAUGUUAUCGUUUGACAAUUGACUGUCACUAGUGAACGUUUCCCUCAAUGUGUUACUAUUCAUGCGGUCGUUUGGCAAUUGACUGCCAUUGAUGAACGUGUUCCUCCUUGUGUUACUCUUCAUGUGAUCAUUUGAAGAUUGACUUCAAUUGGAGAACGUGUUCCUCAUCGUAUUUCAUCUUAUGCAAUCGUUUGACAAUUGACUGCCAUAUAUGAACAUUUUGCUCAUCGUGUUUGAU